CCAUUCACUCUGCAAAUUCCAGCCAUCAGUUUCAAACAAAAAAAACAAAGCAAUGAUCUCUCUUUCACCCUCUUCACUCUCUCUCAACCCCAUCUUUCUUUCUCCUUCAUUCUUUCCAAACCAAGCUCAUGCUCAUCCCUUCAAUGGCGCCCCUCUUUCCUUCUUAUCCCCUGCAAAACCCUUCUUUCUCACUAAAACAAACAUCCCCAAUCACUCAACCUUUUCUGCAAAUUCAGCCACAGUUCAACAACAGCAAGGUACAGAGGAAAAAGAAGAAGAGGAAGAAGAAGACUUUCGAGUUUUGACCGCAAUACAAAGCGAGUUCAACCAGAUAUUAAUCUUAGAAUCCGAAACCUCCAAAAUUUUACUAUUAGAUGAUACUGGGAGUGUGCACAGCAUACUGUAUAAAACCCAGAAAUGGACUAACUCAUACUGGGAUGAACAUUGCAGCUUACCUGCAAUAAUUCCUGAAGGCCCAAUUGCCAUUUUCGGGUUAGGAGGCGGUACAGUUGCCCACCAGCUGCUCGAGUUUUGGCCUCGUUUGGUUAUUGAUGGAUGGGAGCUUGACCAGGUUUUGAUUGAUCAAGCAAGGAUGUUUUUCGGGUUGUCUGAGUUGGAAAUGAAAGGUGGCGGUGAUGGUGGUGGUGGGAUUCUUCGAGUUCGUGUAGGAGACGCGCUGUCGCCUGCAGCAACUGUAGAUGGUGGUUAUGCUGGGAUAAUGGUGGAUUUGUUUGCUAAUGGGAAGGUUUUGCCGGAGUUGGAAGUUGCUCAAACUUGGGUUGACAUGAAAGAGAAACUAAUGCCUAAUGGGAGGAUCAUGGUGAACUGUGGCGCGGCAACAACAGAGGUUUCUGCAGAAGAAAUGAAGUGGGAAGUGAAUUUGACUAUUAAGGCAUUGUGUGAAGCAUUUGGUGAUGAGUUUGUGAACUGGAAAAGGAUGCCUAUGAGUGAGAGUGGGAAUUAUAUGGCAUUCACCGGACCUUUGCCGGAUUUGGAUUUGUGGUCUGAUUCUGUGCCAGAGAAAUUGAGCUCCACCGUAAAGUUGUGGAGCCCUUGUAAGCCUGUGUCUGGUCUGGUCUGAUCUGGUCUGGUCUGAUCUGGACUGGUCUGAUAUGGUAUGAUCUGUAUUGGUCUGAUCUGGACUGGUCUGAUAUGGUUUGAAUUUUUGCUUGUAUGAAGUAUGUUGUUCCAAUUCUUUGUUUGUCAUACAAGAGUUGGUAUAUUUCAUUGCAUCUAAAACCAACUCUUAAUUUCAGCCGAAAAGCCAUAUAGGCUGAUAAACAAAAUAAAAUACAGGAAGAACUCAAAUUUUCAGAAAGCUUCAACCAAGGCAUUGUUUUACUGAACUAACUAUACACACAUAACAAAAUAGACAAAAUUAAUUUGGUGAACAAGUCUAUUUAAGGCAAAAUCAAAAACUUCCCACGCGGUGUAGACUGACUUCUUCUUAUCCCAGACAUGGACGGAUUGUUGCUUUCCUUUUGAAGAUGUGUUUCCAAUCUUCCUGACAUAACUGAGUCUACUGUAUUUGUAUGUCCUCUGCAUGGGAAAAGCAGCUGGUUAAUAACAUAUGAGCAAAAUGUUAACAAAGAAAGUCAGAUAACUUUUAUCAAGGAUUCAAAGUACUAAAAUAUGGAGCAAUCCUCAAUGUUUAGGUUAGAGUUGAGAAGACAUACCUUGGUUCAAGAUACUGAGAACUCUUAGUAGAGUUAGCCUGCAACUUCUUCAACCGAGAAUUUCUGCUAUACAUAGGAGAAGAAAAUAACCCGUUUUCAUUUUCAGGCUCAGAAAAGUCACUCUUUCUACCCUCAUCAAUCUUUCCUCCUGUAGUAGUAUCAAUGUCUGUCAACAAAGUGUGUGUCUCAUCAACUUUUGGAAUCCUAGUUGCUGGUUGUUGAUUCUUGGUUUUCGGUUUGUUGAUAUCGUGUUUGCUUUUCCUUACUGACAACAUCUGCCUUGUAUUUAGUACUGGCUUGAGUUGUUCAUUCUCCUGAUUUAAUAAUAAGUUGCCAUCAUACAGGUCAACUAACGGAUUCCCUUGUGGUGGACCGGGAUGUUUAUUCACUGAUACCGAUCUAGCUGAUGCAGGACAUUGACCUUCUCACUGGUGGAGAUGGAGACCUUGGAUUUCCAGGCUUUGGAAGCUUCUCUUCGGCUAUGAAGGGCAUCUUUGGCAUCGGCUCAUGUUCCUUAAACCCGGAGGGAAACCGUGAUCUCCUCUGCUUACUCGAAGAACAGCUUCUGACCUGAAAACACAACCUUCAUUGUAAAAAAACAAAAAAAAAACCCUUUUUUUGGACAGAAAGGCUGAGGGCUCGUUCAGUAUCA